CUGUGCGGACACCUAGCGGCCAGUGAGGACCUCCAGGAGAUGUUGGGAGCCUCGGGCAUCCCGGAGCUCGUCCCUCCCGCCGGCCCCCCCCGGCAGCCGGGCCCGGGGGGCCAGCUCCGGCCGGGACACCCGCAGGGGGGCGGCCACGGCGGGGGGCCCAACCCCCAGAGACUGGGCCAGAGGGCGCCCAAGCUGGGCCAGAUCGGCCGCUCCAAAAAAGGCGAGUUUACAAAAGUCCAAAUGGACCUGGAUGAUGAGGACUUGGAUGACAUCAUGAACAACAAUGGGCAGUGCCCUGUAUCCCUGUCACCUAUCUCCUAAGCUUCACCAAGAAGUGCCAAAAACAGAAAUGUCCUGGGAGGCCGAUUCCCCUCCCGUCAGCGCUCUUGGCAUUGGUCCGACCACGUGUCCAGUAGAAGCUUCUGAUGGUUCUUUAAGGCUCUGAAACGGCGCAUUUAGCGCCAGUUGAGUCCAAGGCCAUGACUGUACAUAGUAUCUAUUUAACUUACAUUUGCUGAGACUGUGAAUGAAUCGUACUGCAUUGCUCUCUACUCUAUACCUUGGUAGGUAGUAGGCUUUCAGGACUUGAGAGAGAUUUUGGACAAAGUGUAUUUUUCAAGGCUUCUUAACAAGGGCUACUAUGCUAAAAUUGCACUGAGCAGACGGGUAGAUGACAAGCAGCUGCUCACCUGCCUUUUAGUGGUGAGGGUAACUUAUUCUCUACAGGCUGGUUACGUGAAGGAGCACAAGUCUGUCAAUGAGUAUCACACAAGUGAAACGUUAUCUUUUGGUUGUGCAAUGACUAUUGUUCUCUUUCACACUGUUUUAAGUGGUAUAUUGUUAUCCACUCGACGAAGGCUAGCUAUUUACAGGAAAAAAUCGACUACUGCUAAUUAUUUAUUGUUAAAAAAUAUAUUUUUUUGUGGUAUUAUGGCUGCAACAUGUUUUUUUUUUUUUAUUGUUUCUGAACGCACAUUGCUUCAGACGUUUCUUAUGUUUCUAAACGGUGCACUUUGUGGGAAUGCCUGUUAUGUGCAGUGACAUGUUGCAGAGUUCUAUGCAUGAAGUCUGUGUUAGCAUCAAAACAUGUAACUGGUAUCCUGUUAUUGAAGGGCUAUGUCGUAGUUUUUCAAGCCACGCCACGGUUGUGCUCUUUAGACUGAGCGGAGUCGACGUCUCCCUGAGCUCAUUGUUGGCCUGAGCUGCAGACUCAGCAGGAAAAUGUCAAAAACCACUGCAGAUUUAUGGAACUUUUGUUUGUUUUGAAAGGGAUGAUGUCCCAGUUGGCCACACAAACUGUGAGAAAAGAUGUGUAAAGUUCACACUAUUUAAUUAAAAUGCCAAAUGACACUGGAUGCUGUCUUGGAUUUUAAAAUUAAAAUUGAUUCUGAUUGGCACACUGUUUUGUCAAAGUGAAAUCUCAUUUGUGUUAAUAUGUACUCGUCAAGCUUGAAACCUCUUAGGUGUAACCAUUAAGACGGACAUGCACUGUUUAAAGAUAUGUUUGGCUUUAAAGACUAUAAUUACAGAAUGAGAUCAUGGAAAGAAGCAGCUUCUGAUUAGCUGUCACUGCUCAGACAAUCUUACACCUAUGUUUUGGGAUUUUGUGAAAAUUGCCGCGGAUCUUCAGGAGAAACAGAAGAGCUCCUGAUUAUGUCAUGCUGUUUUUGUUGGCUGUGAAAUUGUUAUCAGUUACUUAUCUGUUUUGGGACACGAAGCACUUCGUUUCACAGCUUGUCUCUGACUCAGAGAAUACUGUUUGGGUUGUAGUUGCCUUUUGCAUGAUCAACUUUUCAAAAUGCAUCUCUGGAAUAAAGAAUGGAUCUUUGUGGAAUGUUUGUGUUUCAUUUCAAUAGAGCCUAAGCACCCAAAUUCACUCACUCUCAAAUGCUUUGUGUUGGUCACACAUCAUUGAAUAUGGUAGAUUGAUCACAUUAAAAAGGUUAUACGCAGGAUUCACUCGA